AUGUUCAAAGCUUGUGGCAGACCUUGUGUUGCUCUUCUCAAGGCUUUAGCAUUCGGAAAAAAUUCUUCUUCUUCAUAUCAUCAUCAAACAAUUCCUUGCUUGUUCCGACCAGGACAAAAUAAGCGAUAUUAUAGCUUGAAUUUUUCCUCUUCUUCAUCAGGAAAUGAGCAUGAUGAAACAAAUCAAAAUCUGAGCAACAGCGAAAAUAAUCCUCCCAGCAAUAUGGAUGAUAAUGGAAAAGAAUUCAAAAUUGUAUCCAUUGAUACAUCUGCUCUUAUAACUGAAACCUAUGAUAAAACUGUAGUGAAAGACAAUGAGACUCCCAUGAUCAAACAUUUAAAAAACAAAAUUAAAGGAGCAGGACCAAUUUCCGUCUCCUCUUUCAUGCAAGAGAGUUUAUUGAACCCAAUAUAUGGUUAUUACUAUACUGCCAAACAACCUACUCUAGGAAGCAGUGGGAUACCAGGGCAAAAAGUCAUUGGCCGUGAAGGUGACUUUGUGACAUCUCCUGAAAUUACCUCAGUUUUCAGCGAGAUGAUUGGCCUGUGGUGUGUGAGCAUGUGGGAAAAAUUAGGAAAACCAAAAGCAUUGGAAAUUAUUGAACUUGGGCCAGGAAAAGGAACUUUAAUGCAUGAUUUAUUGGAUAGUGUGAAACGAAGUAAUUCCCAUUUGUUAAAAUCAUUUAUUCAAUCUUUGAAAAAAGUGACUCUCAUAGAGGCAAGUGACGCCCUUAAAGAAGUUCAGAAAGAAAAGUUAAAAUCUUUCAUGGAUACAAUCGAAUUCCAUUGGGAGAAUAGAUUUGAAAAAUAUACUGACAUUACGGGUGAUAUUCCAGUUCUAAUAAUCGCUCACGAAUUUUUUGAUGCAUUACCAGUCUAUCAUUUCGAGUACACUGAACGUGGUUGGUUAGAAGUAUUAGUUGAUAUUGACGACACGAAAGACAGUCCAAAUCAUUUCAAGUUUGUCUUAUCACCAGGACCCACUAUGGCGACAACCUUUGUGAGUCUUGUUGAAGGACCAAAAGAAAUUGGAACGAUUCGAGAAGUUUGUGCAAUGGGAAUUGGCUACGCAGAGAGAAUUGGAGAAAUUUUACAUAACAGAAAAGGAGCUUCCCUCAUCAUUGACUAUGGUAACGACUACCCAAUGGGUUUCACAUUACAAGGAAUUUAUCAUCAUGGAUUUACACAUUCACCACUGGAAAAGCCAGGUGAAGUAGACUUGUCAACAUUUGUAGACUUUUCUUCUUUGAAGAAAGCUGUUGAAAGGUUCAAAUCUGUUCGAGUAUAUGGCCCACAAUAUCAAUCUGAUUUCUUACAUCAACUUGGUAUGGACACUAGAUUUGCCAAAUUACUCCAAAAUCCAAAACUUUCAGAUGAACAAGUUGAAGCCAUGAUAAAAUCUUAUGAACGAUUGACUCAUCCAACACAGAUGGGACAUCACUACAAAGCCAUGUGUAUGGUGAAUAUGCCUUCAAAACAACCACCCACUGGUUUUGAAAUUAAUAUUAUUCCAACCAAAGAGGAAACUCCAAACAUUUUAUCAAAACGCAUUCCUAUGUCAUCCAUUGAUUCAUCCAAAUCAGAGUCGACGAUUAAGAAAGAAGGUGAAACAUCGCCUAUUAAGAAGAGAACUGUUGUAAAAAGCGAUACUAACCCUUACAUAUAA